CUUCCUUCUGAUGCCCUUGAGCUAUUAUUGAGUGGAGCUAGGUUUUACUAAUGUUUGAAGAGGGUGGAAUGGUUUGAAAUGUGAGAGUCAUGUAAAUAAGGCCGGCAUACGUUGCCAACGUUUAGUGGAAUUAUCGGUAUACGGUUUUAGGUUUGUCAUUGGUUCUAGGCUGUCAUUUAUUAUGGGUUUUUUUUUGAGGGAAAGGCUUUGUUCGAAUGCAGGUAUCCAGGUGUUAGUAUCAACGGAUGGUUGUGUCUUCCUUGCGAAUUGCAGAUGGUCUUUCUUUCUUCGCAUUGCGUUGGUAUCGGCUUGAAGUGUAAGAAGAAAUACGCAUGAGCGACAGUACGGUGUGUCUGUUGAGAGCCCAGAUAUAAUUGACGCGGAUUUUUGUUGAGCUACGCUACGAACUGUGUGGUCAGGAGCAGUUGUUUACGAGCUCUCGUAGCGGUGUUGUUGAAAGUGUUUGAUCGAAAAACGGCAUAACCAUAUUGAAUAUUCCUGGAAUAAUAACGAGCGCUAAGUGACCCGCUGUGACCUAUGCAGAAGCCUAACAAGACUGGCGUAGUCGGUUUAUUUUCCUCCAGACCCAGAUCCAACAUGGCGCAGUAUGGAUUAUACUGUACUCAGUAUCUUAUAGAGCGGAAGUGUGAUAGAAAUGACACUUGCCUAUUUGUACAUGCUAAAUGGUCAGAUGUUCAAAUUGAAGACUCAUUACCAAAUGGUUCAUCUUUUGUUGCUGGCUUUAGGAUAAGUAGUUCUGCAGAACAGCAGGCUAACAUUUUUGUUACAAGUACAAGAAGUAGAAGUUGCUACUCUCAGUUGCCCUGCUACUACUAUGUUAAUGGGAGGACUUGCCCAUUUGGGAACAAUUGCAUUUACGUACAUGCAGGAUACAGUAGAUAUGCUGAAAUUAAUAGAAACCCAGUACCGUCAACCUCGAAUUUUAGAAGCAGCGCGUCCACAUCCAACGAUGACGAAGACGACUCGUGCUUGGGAGCCACGGCUCUCGUGAGACCACAGAGCAUCUACGAUCAACUGCUUACAGAGAACCAAAAGAAUUUGGGCAGACUGAACAUUGAUGCACCGGAAUUCAUACCGCGUACAAGAUUUAAUAUUACAAAUAACAGCAAAAAACGUCUAUGCCCAUAUGCAGAACGCGAUGGCCUAUGCAAGUAUCCACCAGGUGAAUGCACGUACUUGCAUGGAGACAUGUGUGAUCUAUGUACAAGACCGGCCCUGCAUCCGUACAACGAAGAUCUUCGCAAAAAACAUACACAAGAAUGUAUAAAACGUCACGAACGCGAUAUGGAAAUAUCGUUCGCUGUUGCUCUAUCGAAGGAGAAAGUAUGUGGCAUUUGUUUUGAAGUAAUCAUGCAGAAGACAUCUGAUGAGCAGCGGUUCGGAAUCUUACCUAGCUGCAAUCAUUGCUUCUGCCUUGGAUGCAUCCGUAGAUGGAGACAGUCCAAACAAUUUGAACACAAGAUUAUCAGGUCAUGUCCCGAGUGCCGCAUUCCAUCCGAUUUUGUCUGUCCAAGUGCGUACUGGGUCGAUACAAAGGAGGACAAGGAUAAGGUUAUCGAGAAGUACAAAUUGGUCUUGUCCAGGAAAGACUGUAAAUACUUUAAGCACGGCAGAGGACAUUGCCCAUUCGGAAACAAAUGCUUUUACAGGCAUUGCCUUCACAACGGGAAAAAGAUUGAUGUGGGCCCACCGCCUUCUACCAAUAAUGUGGAUUUGCCUGCCGGCGUGGAAAUCAUUCAGUUUAAUAGCUUUAAUACAGAUAAACGCUUAUCGCCUCCUCCUCCCUGUGAUAACUAGUGUACCAGUAUUCUUUUAUAUAUUUUAUAUAUAAACAUUUACAAGAGCAAGAACAAGAAACUAAAACAUACUCAUGUUGUUACCGAACAAUAACAUACUACAGUCUAUAUAUAUUGCGAUUUUCUACUUUCAAUGAACGGUAUAUGGGACAUAAAUUUUUUCGAUUAUUUUCUAGUCCAAUUUUGUUUAAAAAACAUUUUCGUCUCAAAUUGUAUUCCCAUAUAUUUGCAUUAUAAAAAAAAACGUAUUUUGUAAUUCCAUUCUAUAGCAGUACAGUAUUCUAAUAAUUCCAACUAACUCACAUCACAAGUACACAAACAUAUAUAUAUAUAUAUACA